AUGGAGGCCGGAAGAUGGAAGGAGAAAGAUGGAGGGCGCAGAAUGGAGAACAGAGGUUGGGCAAGUGCAGGUUGCAAAGCAGUGGGUGAAAUCCGAAGACGAAUAGUCGAGGUAGUGGUGGUGCUGGGCGGCGGGCGGCGCCACUGGCUGCCGGCGGGCCACCCCGACCGCUGGGACGCGCGCGGCCGCGAGGGCCGGCGCCUGGACGGGCGCGACCUGGCUGCCGACUGGGUGCGAGCGCACCGCCGCCGCGGCCAGCGCGCCGCCUACGUGCGCGACGCCUCCGAGCUGGCCGCCGUCGACCUCGGCGCCGUCGACUACCUGCUCGGGCUGUUCGCACACUCGCACCUGGAGUUCGCGGCGGACCGCGCGCCGGGCCCACGCGCCGCGCCUACGCUGGUAGAGAUGGCUGAGGCAGCGACGCGGCUCCUGCGCCGCGGCCCCAGCGGCUUCUUCCUGCUGCUCGAAGGCGGGCGCAUCGACCACGCGCACCACCACAACAACGCGUUCCGCGCGCUGGACGAGACGCUGGCGCUGGAGGCGGCGCUGCGGGCGGCGCUGGCGCUGGUGGACGCACGCGAGACGCUCGUCGUGCUGGCGGCCGACCACGGCUCCGUGCUGUCGCUCGGCGGCCUCGGCACGCCCCGCGGACGGCCCGUGCUCGGUGCGGACAGCAAGGUGUCGGACGUGGACGGCCUGCCCUACUCUCUGCUGCUGUACGGCAACGGGCCAGGCCACGCGGCACCGCGCCCGGUGCCCGCCAACGACUCCUGGGACCCCAACACCAUCCACGGCGCCGCCGCGCCGCGCGUCUGGGCCACGCACGGCGGGGAGGUAGGG